AUGGCGUUUCCGCGGUGCCCCCUGGCCGUCGGGCAGAGCAAGGGCCGCUGGGGCCCUUCGCGGUUUUCCUCCUGUCUUCCUCUCUCCCUUUCACUCCUCUUUUAUCUCUCUCUUUCCCUCUUUCUCGCUCCGUCUCAGGAUCGAUUUGCUCAGGGACACAUCCACUACGCCGUGGAACACCUCGACCCGCACUUGCUGAGUCGCUGGCCCGAACCCAAUUUCUGCAAGUGGCUCGACGAAGAAGGCCGCUUCGCACUUGCGUCGCUCCUCGGAGGCGAAACGACUCUUCGUCUCCUCUCUGCUCUCUGCGAGACGGGCGCCUCGUGGCCCCGCGGCCAGCAGCAGCAGGCGGGAUGCUGCGACGACAGCCACGCCGCCGACGCCGUCGACUUUGAAAUGCGACGGAGACUCAUCCGCCCUGCGCCGUGGCGUCGUCUCGCCAGUUCGUCCCUGUCGGAAUCGGCGUACAUUCGGGCGAGCGAAAACAGAUAUUAUGGACACAAACCCUCGCCGGCGACGAUCCCCUCUGCGUUUCCUCCCUCUAUUUCUCUCGCGGCUGUGCUCGCAUCCUCUCCACAGUCGGAGCCCGGGAACGCGCCCUAUGAGUCGGCAGACACAGAGAAGAAAGGGAGACGCGAGAAGCGCUCGAAGGCUCUGCCGGAAACCGAAAAGGGCGAGAGUGGCAGUUUCGCGUCUUUCCGGUCCUUCGCGUCGGCGCUCGUGUCGGCCUUUUUCGUCACGAUCGCCACAGAGUUGGGCGACCGGACCUUCUUCCUCGCUGCGCUUCUCUCGAUGAAAUAUUCGAAACUGAUCGUCUUCUCCGCCACGUGCGUCGCGCUGUUCUUAAUGACUGCCGUCUCGACAGGCGUCGGGCGACUGCUGCACUGGGCGCCCGACACGUUCGCGCUGAAGGCGCACCUUGGCGAGUUUCCGAUCGACGCCUGGAUCUCCACCCUCCUCCUCUUCUUCUUUGCUGCUUGGCACCUCAAGAGCCUCUGGGAAACCGAGGACGCGUCGCCUCCUUCACGCGCCUCGUCUUUUUCUGUGCCCGGCCACGCGGCCCAAAGCGCUCGCGAGCUCCGCGCGACCGGUGGAUCGCCUCGCGGGCCAGGCAAGUCGAGACAGGGAGACGCGGAGAGCGACACGGCGCAGCCCCCGCGGAAACCGAGAGAGCAGGACGUGGGCACAUCCGCAAGAAGAGGAGAGAGGAGAGAAGAACUCGUCGAGGGCGCCCGCCACCAAACCCGCGAUCCCAGAGAAGGCAACGGAAAGGAAACCGGCGGAUCUGCCAGGCGAAGCAGCGAAAUCAGCACGCGUCCCGGAUGCUCCCCGCAGGAUGCGCUUUCUUUGUCGCUACACAUGGAGGAAUCGGAGGGAUGGCCUUCGUCCGAAACAGGGUCUGAGCGGUCUCUCUCUCGAGCGUCUUCCAGAAGCGUCGACGGCAGAGACGACAGCGAAGGGAAAGGACCGCUGAAAGGCUGCUCCGAAGUCCACUCGGCGAACAGAGCCGACGGCGUGGACGAAAACUUCAUGGAAGCUGAGGAAGAACUGCAGAGAAUCCAGUACACGCGCCUCGGGGUGCGCCCUUCCUCGUUGAAAGUUUUGUGGGAAGUUUUCCUGGUGAUUGGAGCGGCGGAGAUCGGCGACAAGUCAAUGGUUGCCACUGUGGGCCUCGCGACGUCGCAAAACCCCUUCGGUGUCUUCGUCGGAAGCUGUCUUGGACACGCGGGCGUUACGCUGCUGGCUGUAGUGGCGGGUAUGAUGCUUCAAGGGCGACUCAGCGAGCGCUACAUGAAUAUCUGCUGCGGGCUUCUCUUCCUUGGAUUUGGAAUCUUCGCUCUCUUCGAUGCGAUCGCGCGCCCGGAAUCUUGA